AUGGCCUGGCGCGCGGCGUGCAUGAACAGGCUGUACAUGGCGGUGUUGGCGGCGGCGCCGACGGUCUGGUCGAGGAGGGUCUUGGCCGCCGUGUUGCGCUUGUUGAGGCGCGGCUCGACGAGGGCCUUGGGGCCGCCCUUUGCGGCGUCCAGCUUGGCGUCCGGGUCGGAGGCGGCGGACACGGCCGCGGUGGUGGGGGCGAGGUGGUACGCGGGGAAGGUGCUUUCGAGGAAGUCUUGCCAGAAGGAAGUUGCGGAGGCGUGGAAGAGCAGGGAGAAGAGGGCGUAUUGGAAGACGGGGAUGUAA